GGGUCUCGCGGGAUUUCAAUCAGGUAAGUGAUGGGAUGAAACGUAAGAUGGCGCCAAAGUCCUACCUGCGUGAACGUCUCUGGCGUUCCCAGACAGGUCAUGACUGCCAGAGACACAAAUAGUCACGGACCAUUUGGUGACCUUGGGAUUUGGAUAAAGGUUGCAAUUAAAAGACCACAGCAAUGAGAGGAGCAGUGAAUGGGUGUGCUUGCCUGCAAUUGUGUGUGCAGGGUGGCCACAAUGAUCUGGGAUCCUUUUCCCUCCGCCUUCCAGAGAGAGAGAGAGAGAGAGAGAGAGAGAGUGAGUGAGAGAGAGCAGUCACAUGCAGAGAGGAGCAAGGACGAGAAACAGAGCAGAAGAGAGCUGUCAAGCUGCGAGGAGGCAGUGGAGAGACGACUUUUCUUGGAAUACGUUCUCUCCUCCAUCUCUGAAGCCCACACACAGAUUCAAAAUAUAAACAUAUAAACACGCAGAUGGUAGAGUGUGCUGAGUGCUUUCAAGGAGCAGUGAAUUAUUUUCAGGAUCUGGACUAACUCAAGCCCAACUCACUUGGACUGUAACAGUGUCUGGAUUCAGCAUCUUUGUGACUUGAACUCAGAUUGGAUUCAGAUCGGGUUUUCAACAGUGCAACACUUGGGACUAACACUGUUUAUUUCCGUGCUUGUGUGUAUGUGUGUGUUAAGAUUCAGCACUUAACCUGAAUGCAGCACUGAGAUUUCAGACAAACUGUGUUGGCACUUGUUCGUCGCCUGAAUUGAGCAGAUUUGAACUGGAGGAGGAGGAUGUGUUGGCUGGUGACAACAGUCCUUCUAGCCCACCUCGGGGCUACCUUAACAGGGGCGUGGAGAGCAUCUCAACCCAGACUGCAGUUCACACACUCUGAACUGAUCCAGAAUGGCCGCCUGCUGACACUGCCCCUAGUGGCGGGAGACAUGCAUUCUCUGCUGCCUGAUGAAGACGGGAGGCGUCUAUACGUGGCCAUGAAAGAUAACCUGCUUUCAACCAGUCUGGAUGACAUAACGCAGAACCCACGCAAGCUGCACUGGCCAGCCAGUCCGGACCGUGUCCAAGAAUGUCUCAUGGCUGGGAAGGAUCCAGAGUUGGAGUGUGCUAACUUCCUGCGAGUCCUGCAACCCGUGAAUCAGACUCAUCUGUACGUUUGUGGCACUGGGGCCUUCAACCCCAGAUGUGCUUUUAUAGCUACCAGCGUCUUCCAACAGUCGGAGCACCAGACUCUCUCCUACAGCCAGACUGAGUGUGGGAAGGGGAAAUGUCCUUAUGAUCCAUUCCAGAAAACAGCCUCCGCUGUUGUUGAUGGAGAGCUGUAUGCUGGGAUCACCUCAGACUUCAUGAGCCGGGACUCAGCCUUCUUCCGUAGUCUGGGCAGCCGUCGCGUCAUCCGCACAGAGCAGUACGACUCCACCUGGCUGCAGGAUGCCCAGUUUGUGCGGGUAGCGCCACUGUCUGAGACUGAUAACCCAGAGGACGAUAAGGUCUACGUGUUCUUCACUGAACGCGCUCAGGAGGCAGAAGGGGCUGCUGGGAAGGUGCUCUACUCCAGAGUGGCACGAGUGUGCAAGAAUGACAUUGGAGGUCAGAGGAGUCUAGUCAACAAGUGGAGUACCUUCCAGAAGGCUCGAAUAGUGUGUUCAGUCCCUGGACCAGACGGCCUGCAGACGCACUUUGACCAGCUGCAGGACGUCUUUAUCCUUCAUGGGAAGGAUAAGAAGAACCCUCUCAUCUAUGGACUGUUUACCACUUCAAGUGACAUCCUGAAUGGUUCAGCAGUGUGCGUUUAUCGAAUGGAAGAUGUGGUCCGGGCCUUCAAAGGAAACUUCCUGCACAAGGAGGGACCUCAGUACAAGUGGGCAGAGUUUACAGGCAAGGUGCCCUACCCCCGACCAGGAACUUGUCCCAGCAGUACAUACGGAAGCUACAGCUCAACCAGAGAGUAUCCUGACGAUGUCAUCUUCUUCAGCAGGACUCACCCGCUGCUGCAGGAAAAUGUGCUGCCACUGGGAGAGCGCCCCCUCCUGGUCAGAGUGGGUGUUCACUACAAGUUCAGCAAACUGCUGGUGGACAGAGUGGAGGCUGUAGAUGGCACCUACGAUGUCCUGUUCAUUGGCACAGACUCAGGCCUUGUGCUGAAGGCCAUCCAUCUGCCCAGAGAACACGGUCAAAGUCAGGAAGUCACUCUGGAGCAGCUGCAGGUCUUUCAGCACAAAUCACCUGUGACAGCCAUGACACUCUCAAAGAAAAAGCAGUGGUUGUUUGUGGGCUCCAGGGAAGGUGUGUCUCAGCUGGGCCUGUAUCAGUGUGAACUGUAUGGUCAGGCCUGCGCUGAGUGCUGCCUGGCCAGAGACCCCUACUGCACUUGGGACGGACACGCCUGCAGCCCCUUCAUGCCCACCGUACGCAGGAGGAAUGCUCGCCACUUAGGGGAGGAUGAAGAUCCACUGACUCAGUGUGUCAGACAGGGAGCCGGGCUGCAGGUGGAGGCGGAGCAGAGGGUGAUGAUGGUCGCAGAGGGCAACAGCACCUAUCUGGAGUGUCUGCCCCGAUCUAGACACGCUGCUGUUACCUGGUACAAACAGGCUGGAGAGAACAGUCCUGAGCUGAACCAGGUGGUAACAGGUGACCAGCUGGUGGUGAUCGAGCGGGGCAUCCUGAUUCGUCAAGCUGAGCUGUCUCACGGUGGCGUCUACCACUGCCAAGUGGAGGAGCACGGCUACCACUGGACCGCCAUCACCGUCCGCCUUGCCGUCUGGAGCCCCUCGGCCAAUCGCCUCCUUGCCUCCUGGUCUGGCUCAUCUUAUCAGAGCAAAGGAACCCAGCCCUGGUACGAGGACGUGAUGGCGCUGAUUCACCCAGGAAACCUCGGCCAGCACUGCCGGGCGCUGGGAUACCGUCCCCCGCGCAACCACCGCCGCCAUGGUGACAUCCUGGUGGCGCCAAACAAAGAGAAAGAGAGGGGGGAGAGGCAUAAGCAUGGGGGAGGAAGAGGAGGAGGAGGAGGGGGAGGAAGAGCAGCGGGGAGGAAGAGCAGGAGCAAGCCGCAGCAGAGGGCACCAAGGAGCGCUUGAACGUGCCGCAAAAGAAAAGAGAGCACACAUUUAUGUUAAUUAACACACACAUACACACACUUAACUUAUACACAGAAACAGACAUAUACUGUAUGUACAGAGACGUCGACAUGUGCAUGCACUUAUCUACAAACAAAAAAGGCAUCCUUUCAUUUUAGUGACAAACUUCCAAACUAAGCUACACACAAACAACUGAAGUAUGUACAGGAGGACAUGAACAGCAGAGACUGUAAAUAAAGACGCUAAAGAAGAACACA